AUGGUUCCGGGGCACAUGAUUACUUGGUGGUUGUGGGUUGGGUUGAGGCAGCUUGAGGCACUUGAUGCCCACAGUGGGUACGGUGUUCCUUCGACUCCCACAAAAUACAUUCCUUUUUAUGGCGGCGCAGAUUACCAUGAUUAUCUUCACUAUGUUGGUGGACAAAGCCAGAGCAACUUCGCUUCUGUGUUCACCUACUGUGAUUACAUCAAUGGAACUGACAAGGUCAUUUAG